CCUGUCGAAACAGCGUAACAUUCGAACUCAACGAUCAGGCGAGCUCACGAAUCAAGUUCAAAUCCCACCUAAACUCACUGAAAUAGACAAAGUAUACAUAGUAGGAAUAUGAAGGGGUUAGAUUUCCAGCUAGUCAACACUUUUAAAUUACCUUUCAACGCUCCUUUCAAUCACCACUGAGCAUCAGCCUGGACAGAACGGACAAAACCCAAACGGUGUACGCGUGCGUAAUAAUCGUUACGAAUUGUUUCAGGGUCACGGCAGUCAGCGGCAGUGGGAGCUGACCUUACAAUAGAGCAAAGGGCUGACCGGGGAUAAGGUGAUAGUUGAUUUGCUCUGCGCAAAACUCCGCGAUAUCGGGCUCGAAUAGUUUUUCAAAGUACAUAUAGGGUAUAAUCGAUAAGAAUCAAUUGAAUAAGUUAAGGCUCUGUGACGUUUUUACGUAGGAGUUGAGCCUGGAACGAAAUAUGUAUGCAAGGGUGGUUGCCAUCGGUCUCUCGGCGAAAUAUCCUUGCAAUAAGUGCCGUGCAUUGCGAGCCCGCUUAUAGUGGUCGAGUUAAGGAGCUGGAAACGCUAUGAUUGCACGCACAUUCUCUACAGGGUCGGGAUAAAUUCCCGCGCAAUGUCCGAGAUACAAUCCCGAGAUGAGGGUAGCUUUGUUACUCCUAGUACCAACAGCAUCCCAAUUUUGACUCAGCCGACGACAAGGGGUGGCUUGAGGGUUUACAAAAUCGUUGUGCUGGGGGACGGUGGUGUUGGAAAAUCAGCCGUCACUCUGCAAUUUGUGAGCCACAGCUUCCUCGACUACCAUGAUCCUACCAUAGAGGAUUCAUAUCAGCAGCAAGCGGUAAUAGAUGGGGAAGCUGCGUUGCUUGAUAUACUCGACACAGCUGGCCAGGUGGAAUUCACAGCUAUGAGAGAUCAGUACAUGAGAUGUGGGGAGGGUUUCAUGAUUUGCUAUUCGGUUACGGACAGACACAGUUUCCAGGAGGCAAUAGAGUAUCGGAAAUUAAUUUCCCGGGUUAGAGUUCAGGAAGAUAUUCCGCUCGUACUCGUAGGGAACAAAUUUGAUCUACAACACCAACGAAAGGUGUCAACUGAAGAGGGAAAGGCACUAGCUAGGCAGCUAGGAUGUCCUUUUUACGAGACCUCAGCAGCUUUACGGCACUUUGUCGACGAUGCUUUCCAUUCCCUAGUGAGACAGAUUCGAGCUAGAGAAAGACCGUACAGCACAACUCGGAAACACAGUCGCUGGUGGCGUCUAAGAUCUAUAUUUGCCUUUGUCUUUCGCAGAAGACAGCAGCCAGCUAAUCAUUACUCACCAUAGCCAUCAGCGCCUUUCAGGUUCUAAAUAAACACCCUUAAAGAUCCACGAAGAAGUGAUUUCAGAAUCUCAAGACCAGCUGAAAUAUUUUGAAAAACUGAUCGAUAGAAGGCCAAUAUGGUUCUUUUUGGCUAUAGUAUACGUUAAUUUGCAAAAGUAGUUUUGAACUCUAGUCACCAUGGAAUACUAGUCAUUGCUGUAACGAUUGUUUAGCAUUUUCUUUCUUUUAUUUUUUUCACUUGAGAUAUUCUCAAUCUCAUUUAACUUUUACCAUCCCAACUAAAUCCUAAGCUAUGCCGUACUGGUACCACUAAUCUAAAUAAAGUUCAUAAGGCAAGAGCA